UUAUCCUCAGCUGACCCUGGGGCUCGACCUGGAAGGACGGAGUCUGUUCCUCUGGAUCUUAAACAUAGAAGUUGUUAAUAAGUCGAUCAAUGCUUCAGAAGAGACAGCUCACAAUGAAGACCUGGAUUGGUCUGCUCCUCCUGGACCUCAUGGUACAAGACGCAGCAGCAGUGACUCACUCUGUGAAGUAUUUAUACACGGUGUCUUCUGGAGUCCCAAACUUCCCAGAGUUUGUGGCUGUUGGGUUGGUCAAUGACGUUGAGAUGGAUCACUAUGACAGUAUCACCAAGAGAGCAGAACCCAAACAGGACUGGAUGAGCAGAGUCACAGAAGACUAUCCUCAGUACUGGGAGACGCUGACAGGGAUCUUUGUGAGUGAGCACAGUUUCUUCAAAGCCUACAUUGAAAUUAUAAAGCAGCGCUUCAACCAAACUGGUGUCCACAUUCUCCAGAAGAUGUACGGCUGUGAGUGGGAUGAUGAGACUGGAGAGGUUAAUGGUUAUGAACAGAUUGGUUAUGAUGGAGAAGACUUCAUAUCAUAUGACUUAAAGACAGAGACAUGGAUCGCUCCGAAACCACAGGCUGUCAUCACCAAACACAAGUGGGACAAUGACAAAGCUUUGAUAGCUCAGAAUAAACACUACUUCACCCAGAUUUGUCCUGAGUGGCUGAAGAAGUUUCUGAACUAUGGGAGGAGCUGUCUGCUAAGAACAGAGCGUCCCUCAGUGUCCCUCCUCCAGAAGUCUCCGUCCUCUCCAGUCAGCUGCCACGCUACAGGUUUCUACCCUGACAGAGCCAUGAUGUUCUGGAGGAAAGAUGGAGAGGAGCUUCAUGAGGACGUGGACCUCGGAGAGAUCCUCCCCAACCACGAUGGAUCCUUCCAGAUGAGUGUAGACCUGGACCUUUCAUCAGUCCCAGAUGAAGACUGGAGGAGGUACGACUGUGUGUUUCAUCUCUCUGGUGUGGAGGACGACAUCGUCACCAAACUGGACGAAGCAGAGAUCAGGACCAACAGAGCCCGUCGACAGGAACCCAGGGAGGAUUCGGAGCUGUUCAAAUCCCAGCCGGCCUCUGAUGUCGACGCCUUGGGCAACAAACGUUACGUAGCGCCUCACGUCAUCUACCAAAUGGGGAAGAAACCCAACGAGCCCUGCUCCAUCACCUCUUCUCUCCACUACUUCCCCAAAGAAGAACCCGGCGAGGUGAACGUGACGGCUCCGCCCAAGUCUCCGCCCUCCAACCUCACCGUGGUGAUGGUGGAGGGAUGCCCGUCCUUCGUCAUCCUGGACUGGGAGAAGACGGACAACGACACUACCGAUUAUGAAGUCAUCUCCACCAUCGGCGAGCAGGUUUUCAUCCUGACCACCAACCAGACCCACACCCCUGUGGAGAACCUCAGACCUGAGACUAGUUACGAGUUUAAAGUGAAGCCGAAGAACGUGCUGGGUGCAGGUCCUCCCAGCGAGCCGGUCUCCUUCAACACAGAGUCUGCCGACCCUCGGGUGAGCGACAACGUUUCAGGAAAAGACGCCAUCUGGACUCUGUUCCCCUUCGAGACGGACUCGUACUCGGACUGUCACGGGAAGAAGUACGUGAAGAGAACCUGGUACAGGAAGUUUGUCGGCGUCCAGCUCUGCAACUCGCUACGCUACAAGAUCUACCUCAGCGACUCGCUCAAAGGUAAAUUCUACAACAUCGGGGAUCAGAGCGGCUUCGGCGAGGAUCACUGUCAGUUCGUCGAUUCCUUCCUGGACGGAAGAACAGGACAGCAGGUCCAAGCAGACCAGCUCCCCCCAAGACCCGGUUUCUACAGAGCCGUGCGUCAGGAGCCCGUCCACUUCGGACAGAUCGGAGGACACUCCCACGUCAGCUACGUCUCGUGGUAUGAGUGCGGGACGCCCGUCCCUGGGAAAUGGUGAGCAAACGUCACGUCUGUUCUCGGAGAAACUCCACGACACGACCUGCCGUCGUCAGGCUCGGAGACAACGACGGCAGGAGACGCCGU